AAUAGCGAGAAUAGUCGCAGGCAACAACGCGCUAAAAGCAGCCACUAAAAGCAAUACUAGAGGUAGGUACCUACUCCAUAGACUACUGACAUACCAAAUAUGGACAUCAACCCGCUAGCAUUGCUAAACCAUCCGGGCAUCCAUCUACACCACUUAUACAGAGCAUCUUCAUCUCAACAACAGCCAAACGCGAAUCUAAACAUGCUGCCAAAUCGACUCUCCAACUCUCUCUCUCACCCAUCCAAACGCCAUUGCUCCAAAAUACAUUGCCGCCCACCACCACGCCAAAUUCCACCUCUCAAGCAGCAAAUGGCUCCUCGGCCGCUCACCCACGACCCUCACCCACCGUCUAUACCCACGGUGUUCCCAUCUCGAAUAGACAAAAUAGAAUAACUGCUCGCCCACAUACAUUUAGUUCGCUAUGCACAGAGAACAAAUCUCUCAAAAGAAAAGAAAGGCAAAGGCAAAUCGAGCCUUACCGUUUCUGCCAGGUCCGUGAAUGGCGACAGCAGCCACAGCAUGACAAA